GAUUUGAAAAUUAAAAAAUAAAUUAUUAAAAUUAUAAUCCAAAAAACCAAAUGGCAGUAAAUUACAGAACUAUAAAAUUGGGAAAAUUAAAGGCCUUUUCUAUUGAUCACAUCGGAGACAAUAGUAGUCAGAGAGUGUCAGAGGCCCAAAAUGGGGGCAAAAUUGUGUUACCCCACAGUAUAUUUCGGAGAGUUUACCGAUUAGAACAGUCACCUAUGAUUUUUAGGUUAACAAACAAAAAUCUGACAAUACUUUCUGGCGUUUUCUCAUUUGAUAGCCAAGAAAAACAGGUAUUGGUUCCCAAUUGGAUAUUAAGAGGACUUCAAAUUGAUAUGGGUAUGGAUGUGUCCAUUGAAGUACUAUUAACUCCACUUCCGAAGGGUGUGUUUGUUAAGUUUGAACCACUUUCGCGAUCCUUUUAUGACAUCACUGAUGCCAAGGCUGUCCUCGAGUACUGUAUGUCAAUGUAUGUCUGCAUUACCAGAGAUGAUGUCAUUUCCAUUUGUCAUAACAAACACAUAUAUGACUUGAGAAUAUGUGAAACACUGCCAAACAAUACAAUAGAUAUCACUGAAUGUGAUCUUAAUGUAGAUUUUGCAGAAAUGAAGGAAGAGUUCAAACAGAUUCCUUUGCCUAAAGAAUGCGAUUUGGAUCACAUGAAGGAUCAAAUGGAUAAGUCUUGUUCGCCAUUUCCUGGAACUGGACAUACAGUUAGUGGUUUAAAAAGAAAGUCCAGAAAAGAAACAAAAUCUAACACAAGAAAAUCACUUCAUAACAAAAGAGGAGUUCCAGAUUUUGACCACAAAAUCGGAAAUAUUUUGUUUAAAAGACACAAAAAAGAUGUGAUUUCAAACAUGUCGUCAGAAAAGGACAAAAACCAAAAGGCAGAAGAAAAAGGUGAAGAAAAUAAUACAAAUAAUCAGAAAAUGCUUAAAAAUGAAGUGACACUCAAUCCACAAACAAAUGGUUUGCCCAUUGCAUCGACUAGUAGUGGACGGCAGUCAUCACAAUCAAGAAGAAAGGGAAUCAUCACUAGAAGUCAGACCCGAGAAAAAAGAAAAGAAAAAACUCUUUCAAAGAAUUCAAAAAAGAAGAAAAAAUGAAUUAUUUUUUAUUUGAAAAUCAGUCAAAUAUUUCAA